AUGGCGGGCCCGGCGGCCCCCUCGGGCGCGCGCUUCGUGUGCAAGCCGAGCGACAACGUGGAGCUGGCCUUCAAGACCGUGCGAGCGCAGCCCCGGCCCGCGAACGCGCAGCCGGAGAUGGAGACGCUGCUGAACGUCCCCGUGGACGAGCUCGAGGAGAUGCUCUUGGUCGCGCUGCAGCGCGCCAGACAGUUUUUGGACAAGUGCGACUACGCAAGCAAAGGGCUCGCGCUCAUCGCCACGCGCGUCGAGGCGGAGUUCGCGGCCCGCACGCGCGACAUCCAGGCGACGUCGACCUUCGUGCACCGCGUGUCGGGGCGGCACCUCGACGCGUUCUGCCGCGAGAUCAGCGUCCCCGGCCGGAAGCUGCGCGCCACGCCGGUGGAGAACAGCAGGUUCCCGCACGGGCUCGGCGUGGCCGCGACGCUGGAGAAGGAGGACGGGGGCAACUGGGGGCCCGUCGACGCGAUGAACGCCAUCGACGUCGCGGGCGCAGCGGCAGACCAUGAGUGUCAGUCAACAAAGGAGCAAGUGGUGGCUCUCAUGCAGGAGGAACGGGAGUCCGGGUCGGUGAAAAAGCAGUUCAAGAAGCAGACGGAGGUGACGCACGCGGGGAACGCGUUUUACGUCCAGUUGGAGGCGAUGUGGACGCCCCAGAAACCAAACGUGCUGAACUUGGACACGCUGCCCGACCGCCACCCGGGCACGAAGUCAGGGCGGACGGAGGACCUGCCGCGGCUCGUGGCGGAGCUCGUGCAGGGCCUGCGCAACCUGAAGUUCGCGGAGCGCGUGUCCGUGAGCUCGCUUGUGCCCCCCACGCCCGACGGCGUCGCCGCGCGACUCCGGGGCGUCGAGCAAGACUGGGACGUCGCGGGGCGCUUCCCUGCGGUAUCGCUCACGAUCAUCCAAGCCAACCUCGGCAACCCCCGCGCCGUGCUGAUCCUCCCCGAGGGCAUGCAAUGGGGGGUGUCUCCGGACGCGUGUCAGCCGCAGUCCCCGCGGCUCGUCGGGGAGAUCGUCGAUAGCGAGGCGUUCUGCCGCUGCGCGCCCGCGGACCUGCCCUGGCGGCUCGUUGCUUCGAAGUUCUCGGAGAUGGAUGCGUUGGCGCGCGAACACGAGACGCACAGACUCGUCAAGGGCUUCGCCCGCCUGGGGCCCGAGCAGACGGUGAUGAACUUGUACGCGGCGUCCCUGUGGAAGCCGAACGGGAUGGCGUCGGCGACGGCGAACUUCAACCUCCUCCUCCACCGCGUCCGCUGCGAGGACGAUCCUCCACCUCGCGAGAACGCACCCCAGGACGAGGUCGAGGAGAUGCUGGCGGUCGCGCUGCACCGCGUGUGCGCGACGAUGAUGAAGCCGUGCUUGCAGGGCGCGCACGCGGUAGUGCUCACUCGCAUAGACUCGGAGUGCUGGGCGCACAGCCGCGACCUGCAGGCCACGUCGACGCUCCUCAUGAAUUUGGGGCUCGUCGGCGCGAGCGCGUUCUGCAGCGCGAUCGACGCCGAAGGCCGGGGCCUGCGCGCAGAGCCGUCAGGUGGCUCCAAAGAGUGCAUGUUCACGGUGCCGCUGGAAGUGGACGGGCGCUCGUGCGGGACGGUCGACUGCACGGAAUUCGUCGACGCCGACCGGGCGCCACUGCGUCUGGCGCUGCUCUCGGCGAUCGACGCGACCGAUUCGUCGAUGGUGCACCCGCGCGUGUACACGUGCUUGCGAGAGGUCGUGGAGGUCGGGGGCGGGCCCGGGAACGCCGAUAGGAUCACCGUCACCGGGAGCUUCGUGAAGGACGUCCCGGACAAGAUAUUCCUCGCGGCGCCGCGCAAGCGCAUGAGCGGGAGCGACGCGUCAAAGCCGAGGAAGCUGGCGCGGUUCCAGGGGGGCGACUUCCUGAGUCCCGACUUCUUCGCGAAGCUCAUCGUGCGGGCGCUGCGCCGGCCCGGGGCGCUCCGCGCGAUCAGCGCCGGCGCCCUGCUCGCGCCCCUGAGCGCGGUCGACGUGUCGGCACACGCGCGGGAGGAAGCGUGGGGGCCGAACGGGGAGUUCCCCGCGGUGUCCGUCAACAUCGCCAUGGUGUGCUCGCCCACCGGCCCGCAGCCCCUGGUCUGGCUCGGGCUUCCGCGCGGCAUGCGCUGGCGGGUGGCGGGGCGCAACAAGACGACCGGCCUGACACAGCUCGUUGCCGAGGUCGCGAGCAGGGCGGACGUGGUGCUCGAGCACAGCCUGAGCUUCGGGACGACGUGGGACGCGAUAGCGCGCGCGGCGCACGGGGUCCAGGCCAUGGUUCGGGAUGAAAUGGAACGCACGUUCCCGGGCCACGGGUCCGCGCCGCUGCUGCGCACCGCCAUCUUGGAAGCGCAGCAGGCCAUCUUGAACGCUGGUGCCGUCCCCCGCGCCCUCGACUACCUGCCCUUCGACCGCGCGGAGGAGUACCGUCGAAUCCGGGCGGCAGCGGCGGUGGACGCGACGUGA